CUUGAUAAAACAAGAAAAUAGUAAUAUAAAAGAAUCAAGCAAUCAUUCUUUCCACCAAUAGUUAUUGUUGACGCGACGUUAAAAUAAGCGGUGGUUCACGGGUCAAAAGAAAUUAAAUUAAAGAAAAACGAGACCAAAUUCUAAACAACAUGGCGAUUUCAACAGCAAAUGUAUUUAUUGCUGUCGUGUCUAUGAUAGCUGCUAUUAUUUACAGCGGACAAAGUAGCCUUUUUAUACAGAAACUUAACGAGAUCUUUCAUUGGAAAGCGGGCUGUAACCCGUCUUUUUCAGUUGGUAAUGUAACAUUGCAUUACUUCUCUGGUCGUGGAAGAGCAGAAGCUAUAAGACUGCUUCUUGAAGAUCAACAUGUUCCUUACACAGAAACAAGAUAUACUAAAGAGAACUGGCCAGAAGCUAAAAAAGCUGGCAUAGAAGCUGGUGUCUACACUUAUGGACAAGUCCCUGCCAUUGUUACAAGUAAGAACAAGAACUUGGUCCAAAGCAAAGUUAUCCUCCAGUUUCUUGGACGUUCUGUUGGUUUGGAUUGUGAUUGCAAAGAUUUAGAAAGAUGCGACAUAAUAGCUGCUGGCGUAGACGAUAUUCAUCAAAAAAGAAACAGAUAUAUUUACAAUCCAGAUUUCAGUUACGCGUUGAAGGACGAAUACGAGAAAAACGUGUUAAUCGUGUGGCUCAAUUAUUUUGAGCAGUUGGCGCCUCGUGUAAGCGAUGCGUCUGAUGGUGUGCAUUUCGCAAGUGACAGAAUGACCUGGGUGGAUUAUCUAGUCUUCGACAUGAUUGAUAGUAACUGUCAUUUUGUCAAUUAUGGAAGCUCCGAUAUCAAUGGUGAAACGCCGUGCGUUGUGCUCUUGAAGAAGUUUCCCAGAUUGACAACAUUUUUUAACCAUUUUAAAACUAGGAAAAAUAUCCAGACCUACAUGGAUAGUGAACGAAGACCGGAAUAUAAAUUGCCUUAUCAGCCUAAAUAAUGAGAGCUAUGUUACUACGUAAAUAGAAAAUACUUUAUUAUUUUUUUACCAGUAUUUGUGGUAUUUUAAUAACCGGUGAUACCUUUCAGGGACCGAAUUAUAGACACACGAUUAGAUUUUUUUUUGUUUUAUUUUAAUAAUUAUUAGAUAAAAAGAAAAGCGAUUGUAUUUUUUUCUAAUUUUGAGAAUGUUUUUUUUUGCUCAUUGAGA